CCCUGGUGGCCGGCGGGACUCACAACGAUGACGAGACCCGAAAAUGAAUCCCAUAUUCAGCCCGCCACUUUACCGGCAAAGGCACCAAUUUGUAAUCGAUUUUGUCAAGAAGAACAAACCCAGAAAGGUGAUCGAUUUGGGCUGUGGUGAGUGCAGCCUCAUGAAAAAGCUCAGGUUUCACCGUGAAAUUCAACACCUGGUUGGAGUGGACAUCGACGUCCACAAAAUCAAGAAAAAUAUGCAUGAUUUGGCUCCUAUUUCCACAGACUACCUGCAUCCCAGCCUUGAUCAGCUGCGGGUGGAGAUGUACCAGGGCUCCGUCACACAGAGAGACGCUCGCCUCAGAGGAUUUGAUCUGGUGACCAGCAUUGAGCUCAUAGAGCACCUGACCCCUGCCGAUGUGGAGCGGUUCUCCGCCGUGGUUUUCGGUUACAUGACCCCGGCUUCUGUCAUCGUCAGCACCCCGAACUCGGAGUACAAUCCCCUUCUGCCCGGGCUGUCAGGUUUCAGGCACUGUGACCACAAGUUUGAGUGGAGCAGAGCGGAGUUCAGAUCCUGGGCUCUGAAGGUCUGUUUGGAGUAUGGCUACGAGGUGGAGUUCACCGGUGUUGGACGGGCCCCGGAGGGCCAGCAGGACAGCUUCGGCUUCUGCUCCCAGAUCGGCGUGUUUCGCCGGCCUGAGGGCAGAGAUCGCUGCCCCCGUGCAGAGGAGGUGUUUUCCUACACGCUGCUGUACUGCAUGAACUACCCCAGCCUGCAGGACAACAACACCUUGCGCAGAGUGGUAGUGAGUGAAGUGUUGUACCAGGCGGAACAAAUCAAGAACAGAUGGAUGGAGGAGAGGAUGGGGAAGGAAAAAGAGGCCUUUGGUUUUAGCCAGACUGAGGGAGAAAUGGAGGAUGAACGGACAGAGGAGAUGACCUGUCCGUCGCAGCCUGGCGGGCGAGCCCUGUCUGACCAUGAGGGACUGGAGGAGAGUGAGGUCUGCUGGGUAACCAGCCCAGACCAACGGGAGCCUCCGGCCUUGAACAGAUGCGUCUCGGUGCCCCUGGCUGUGCUGUGGGCCCUCUGUUCGAAAAUCCGAGAGUUGAGCGGGUCUCUGUGUAAUCUCCGGCUCCUGCUGCUGGAUGAACCUGACGUUAAGCUGAGUCAGGACGGCUCGGCCCUGCUUGUAAAAUACCAAGAAGACCAGGAAGAAGAGCUUGAGAGCAAUUGUGAAGAUGACAGUUAUGCAGAGUCCAGUCAGUACAGUAAUGGUGCUGAACAAGAGGAGGACUGGGAGACAGAUGUCUGAACCUGGGGGUGCAAUUUUGUUAGAAAGGUGAAUCUAGCAAAGAGGAUUUACGAGAAUGGAGGCUAUUUGAGUUGGUAACUGCUAGGCAGUAGGGUUUGAACAGGUGGUGCCUGUCCACUUAAAAUUUUUUGAUUUGAUAGUUUCUGGCCGACAUUUGAGGGUAGUUUAAUAAAUAAAUAAAAAGCUAUAGGUAGAAGACUGAGUAAAAAUGACAUAAAAUCCCUCAUGUAAAUUACAAUAAACUAAAGAAUGC